GUGGAAAUGAAGAUUCUUGCAGUUUUCGGUAUUAUGUUAACUUAUUUCUGUGCAGUAACGUUCGGAGCUGAAAGUCUUCACCGAUGUAACAAAGAUUUUGAGGCAACGAUGGAAUUUUGUUUCAAACAGAACAAACGUAAUUCACACACGUUCACGGACUUAAAGAGUUUGAGAAAUGCUUGCAUGGAUGAUAUAUUUUGCAAACCUAAAGCAAAGAAUUGUCUUUUAUCUGAACUUCAAGGUUCGACCUUCAGUAAAUGUCCUUUACAAAGAACCUAUAUAAAAUCAAUAGAUCGUAUGUUCAGAUAAACUUCUGGUCAUCUCUUAGUCUAUUAUUUGAAUUUGUAAUGUACAGAUAAAUAAAGUCUUUAUUUUAUUAACUGUAAUUUUUCGAAACAAUAAAUACGGAUGAUAAAUUAUAAACAAUGGCUUCCCCAAAUCUUAGUGAAAUAAAGCUGAGUUAAUAGUUAGUCAUUUUUAGAAUUUCAGCUUGAUUUGCCUGAUUAAGUAUUAUGUAUUUGAAAUAGAAUAAAUAUGGCGAACUUGGAAACUUCGAAUCUCGCAAUGCAGGAUCGUGAAUGCGCACUGUUGAGUAGUCCCACAAUCGGACGAAACAGCCGUCUAGUGCUUCCAGGUUUUCCAUGGUGAUCUAUUGAAAUUAUUAUAUUUUAGUCAAUCAUUUUAUAAUUGGCUUAAUUUACCAUGUGCUUGCAUAUAUAGUUAAUAUGAUAAAGAAUUUUGUUCAAUUUAUGAAAUUAUUUUACACGAACCUGUAGAUAUGAAUUCUAUAGUUGUAAUUCGAUGUCUUAAUGAAUUGUUCAACUAAACAUCAUUUGAAGAGUUGCUAUACUUUAUUCUUCAUACUUGUCUCUAAUAGGUAUCAUCUCUUAUUCCACUUUUU